CUGAAAUUUACCAAUACUUUGAUCAAGCAAUUUUUUCUUUUUUCCAAAGUCGAUCGAAUGGGCAAGAAACAGACAACCAGACAAGCGGAAUCAACGCCGGAAUUGACAUCAAGUCAAGUGAUCGCACGUGUAGUAGGUCCUAGAGGAAAAAACAUGCACGAAGUUCAAUAUGCAGAUGGUCAAACUACUCUCGCCGUUUUGCCUCCACGAUUUCGCAACUUGAUCUGGGUCAAACGGGGUCACUAUGUUGUUCUGGAUCCCGAAGCAACUUCCAGCGACAAAAUGGGCGGCGAAAUCGUGCAUGUUCUCUUCCCCGAGCAUGUCAAGGAUCUACGAGCUCAAGGCAAAUGGCCGGAGGAAUUCAACACCAAGUCUAACCCCACACCAAGUUCUCGAUCGAACGAUAUAAUCUCGGAUAGCGAAGAGAACAGUGAUGAUGAUCUUUUCGUUAACAAUAAUCGACCAGUCAUGGAAGAGACUGACAGUGACAGUGACGACGAAGACAGCGAGGAGAGUGGCGACGACAAUCACACAGAAACACAAGCUUAAAACGUCCGUAUCCCAAGACACAUCGCAUUUUUGCAUUUUUCUAUUCGCAUUUUCUCCCAUCGCAUUGCAUUGUACAGCAUAGAAUUUAUAUAUUAUUUUUACACUAUCAUUUCGCAUAUGGAAAGCUUUUAGUCAAUCUAC